GACAUAUUCCUUUUCUCCGUAACUUCUCUCAAAUUAGAAAAGUAAUCGACGAUCCUCGUUGUUUCCGAUUCGAAGAUAGAACAAAAAAAUCAGAAGGAGUAAUCUCAUGUCUUGUUCAUCUCUGUGUGUUAUAAAAGAGUAAAAGCUCUUUCUCAAGUCCACGGAACAGAGCACUGAGAUCUCAGAUCUGUUCAGAUCUUGUUAAGAACUUGGAUCGAAGAGGAAUUCAAAGAUCUUAUAAAAGCAUGAAACAAAGUGAAACAGAAGCUUUAAAAGUCGGUAGAUUCACCGAGGAUUUGACCAUACCAAAUAUGUAGAGCUGAAGGCAAAAUCUUGUGAACAAAGAUGAGUUUGGGAUGGUUGUCGAUUAUAUCAUAAGAAGAGUUGGAAGACAAACAAAUGAUUUCUUAUCAAUGUGAGAUUGGAAUGAUUUCGAAGAGUCUGGAGACGAUGUGAAUCAAUCAAAGACUACGGACUUCAUUCUCCUAUGAAGGAAAACAUGACUUCAAUAUAAAAGUUAAGUUAUUUUCAGAAAGUUUGUCUUUUUUACAUUAGAUAUAAUAUAUCUUCCAUUGGAACAUAGUUUUUCUUUCAUCUAUUCAUCCACGAAAGUCAUAUUCAAUAUUUGGAAAAUAUCAACUUUAGACUUAAUGUUGUUUCCUAAUUUAACAGCACAAAGCUGACAGUUGAAUAAUGAUUAAGGCCAUGAGGCAAAGUCUAUCAAAAACCUUGCAGUACACAGAUAAGUCUCGGACUAUAGGUUUAUUUGGUUGAUUUAGAAAUGAGAAACGGUAUAUGUGUUUACCGUUUAGUGAGUUGACUUAAUUAAAUAUACAAUUGAUGUACAGGUGGUGCAGUCUGUUGUACACAACAAGAGAUUUACACAGCAGGUCGAGCAGUCAAAAGUUUAGAGACAGAAGCUUAAUUCAUUUGAAGGACAUGGGACAAAGACAUGACUGCAAAGAAAUACAAACCCAAGCAGAAUGGAGAGUGUCGGUUAACUUGCCCCAAAUACAGCAUGGUAUUCUUGAAUCACUACCUCACAAGUCAAAAAGCGAGAUAUGGUUUGUUGUGCGAUAUGCUCCUCCAGCAGGCCUGACUUGGAAGUUUUUGAUGUUGCGUCAUACUCCAACCAGAAGAAGCCUUCCUUUACUCUCAAAUUCUACUGGUGAUCAGAUCUGGUCUCGAUCUCGUCCUGCCUCACCACUAGGUCGUAGUGGUACGGGGAGCCACUCUCAGGGUUCGUCCAGCCACUCUCAGGGUUCGUCCAGCCACUCUCGGGGGUCGAGCAGCCACUGUCGGGAUUCUUCAUUUCUCGCUCCGGUUUUUGCUCCCGCUGCUGCACCCCCUCCCGUUGAUGCACCCCCUCCCACUGCUGCACCCCCUCCCGCUCCUCCAGUCGUUCCGGGAGUGAUGACUGUUGCCCAGUUGGUUCAACAGCCCGGUCGUGAGCAUCUUCCCUAUCUCACUCCGUGUCCAAAGGGACGACGUCUAACAUGGUUCAACCGAUCCGGGAACGGGAUCAGCGCAUGGAUCAACAUUAUGAUGUACUCGAACCUCAGGAAGGGAUAUUCGACUUUCACUCACUUCCCUGCCGAGGACCAGGAGAUGUGGUUUCGUCAGUUUGCGCAAGAGUUCACCUGGAAUCCUGAUCACACGAACUUUAUUUGUGACGCCUUCGUCUAUAAAGUUAUGGACAACUAUGAGAAGCAGAUCUACGAGUGGAAGCAGAAGUGGCUCAUCAACCAGGUCCCGAAGUCGAUCAACAACACGGUCUGGGAGGAGUUGUGUCUGCAUUGGGAUAAGGACGAGACGAAAGCUACCUCCGUGACCAACUCCGCCAACCGCAAGAGCGAUCGUGGCGGGAAGGGCAUGUACAAGCACAAUUUGGGUGUCCAGACUAUUGUCACUCUGGGGGAUCGCUUGGCAGAUGAAAAUGAUGGCGAGCCGGUUGAUGAUUUCGUCCUAAUGAAGACGGCGCAUACCAACAAGCACACCGGGGAGAUUGAUGAUGGUGUUGUGAGGGAUGUGCUCAGCCUGAUCGAAACUUAGAAGGAAGACGAAGAGACCCGUCUAUCUUAGUUUCAAACCGACCUAGGCGCCACUUCGACGGCUUCGACCAACUUGUCCCGGAUUCGAAUCAACGAAAUCGUUGAAUCGGUAUAUUCUUUAUAAAAAAGUUCAAUUCAUUUAUUUCUUUAUUUUCAUUUUAUCAUCUUUUCUAUUAUUUAAAUUUGUUUAUUUUCUAUUUCAGUCGGUUCCAAAGAAGAAGGGACGUUUGGUCGGUUUGGGUCGUCGAGCCCGGUCGGUUCCUCCUUCUGCACCACAGCCCUAUGUUGAUCCAGAAGUGCUUAUGGACCAGUUGAAGGACAAAGAUGACCGCAUAGCUGCGUUGGAGCAAAAGAUGACGGAUCAAGAGGCGGGAUGUGAGGCAACGAGGAAGCAGAACGAGCAAAUGAUGGAGAUGAUGAAGAGGAUGUACCCGAACGAG